AUGGCCGAAGCAAGAGCUGCAUCGCCCGCCCCUCGCAAACGAGGUCGGCCCCGAACCGUCACUGACGACCUGCAAGUCCCGGAGAGGCGUCGCAAACAGCUCCGUGUCGCACAGCAAGCAUAUCGCAAACGCAAGGAGACUACGAUCACCAAUCUACAGAGCCGCGUUCAAGAGCUCGAGGCGGGGAUCGAAGAGCUCAGCCAGUCAUUCCUCUCGUUUAGCAAUAUCCUCCUCGAAGCGGAAUUGCUAGAGAAACAUCCGAGAGUUACGGCCGCUCUACAGAAGAUCACUCAACAAUGCGUGGCGCUGGCGAAACAAGGAUGCGACGAGCCCGAACAGCAAACGCUGGCCAAUGCUCUCGUGGAGAUCGACCGCAGCAAAUGCGAGACUCCCGCGACCAACUUGAAUCCUGAUACACAGAUAGUACAGUCGGGGAAUCUUUCGUUUGCUGAAGACCUGUUCCCAUCCCCAUUAAAUCCACUGACCCAAUGCUCACAACUACCGCCAACGCCGCCGAUCCAAGAUCAGCCGAUUCUCCCAUUCGGGAUCGUCUACUCCUCUCCGACUCCAUUCUCGACUAUAGAUUCGCCAUUACCGAGUCCCCCACCAAUUGUAUCCCCAAACAGUCUCAUGAAUCAAGAACAGCGAACCGUCUCGCACCGACUUGUACGACAAUGCUGCCAGAACGGAUAUUGGCUGCUAGUCAAUACCCCCAAUAAUACUUCAAAGAUCACGGAAAUCUUCGGGGCGCCGCUAUCGUUAAACGAGCGCAAUCGCAUGAUUUCGUCAUUUUAUAAUACUAUUUACGAUGAGGUGGGAGAAUUGGUCGAUCAAAAGGCCAAAGUGCUCAAUACUCUGUAUAACAGGAGGGCUAGCUUUUCCCCGGAGGCGCUUGCACGCACCUCUCGGUCGUGGCAGAUUGUCACUGAAUCCGAACCUGGGGAAUAUAUGGAUGCUAGCGGGGUGCAAAGGUAUCUGCAACAGAGGGGAAUCAAUAUCAUGGAGGAUGACUCCGCGCACUCGAGUCCAUCCAGGGACUUUACGGCUGGGGUCAACCUGUCUACUUUUAUAAACUAUCUUUCAAUGCGAUGCAUUUGUGUUGGUUUUGGUCCGGCCUUCAAACGAAAAGAUGUCGAGAAAGCCUUAUACAUGGCGCUCCCGCGUAACCAGUGGCAGUUUGAAUCCCGAUGUUGA